AUGUUUUACCGACCGGGCAAGGAAGAUCAUGGGCUACCAUACGAUCCAUUCAAGGCCUGCGUCGUGCCCCGACCCAUCGGCUGGAUCUCGACCCUCUCCCCCACCGGCACCGCAAACCUCGCCCCUUACUCCCAAUUCAACAACCUCACCUUCGACCCCCCCUACGUAAUGUUCAGCGCAAACCAAACUCCCAGCUCCACACAAAAAGACACAGUCCGCAACGUCGAAGCGACCGGGAAAUUCAUCUGGAACCUAGCUACGUACGAGCUGCGCGAGCAAGUCAACAUCAGCGCAGUCCAAGAAGCCUAUGGCGUUGACGAAUUCGAGAAAGCGGGGCUGGAAAAGGAAGGCAGUAAGCUUAGCUCUGUGCGCAUCGCCCCUCGAGAUGGAGCGGAGGCGGCUGGGAAGCACGAGCAGAUGUUUAUCCCAAUGGUAAAGCAGAGUCCCGUCAAAUUCGAGUGCGAGUACCACAGCACGUUGCGUCUCCCAGGAAAUCCGCCAAUGGGGUCUGUAGAUGUGGUUAUCGGGAAGGUGGUUGGCGUGCAUAUUGAUGAGCGCGUGUUGACGGAUGGCAAGAUUGAUGUCAGGAAGACGCAGCCGAUUGCGCGGUGUGGGUAUUACGAGUAUGCGGUUGUGAGGGAGGUGUUUGAAAUGAGGAUUCCUGGGGAGGAUAAGGCGAUUAUGGCGGGGUUGGAGGGGAGUGCGAGGGAGAAUAGGAAGUUGGAUGAUGGGGGUGGGGAGUAG